UUAAAAAUACCAAAUUUAAUAACUUUUUUUUCACUCGCUUCAUUUCCGCUCCGGAGAUAGCCUCCGGCUGCCUCCUGGAGCUCGGUUUAAUGCCACUCUGCCGCCGUGCGAACCCCCUCCGCUGCCCUGGCUCACCGCCCUAUGGACCUUCUCAACCGUCUUGCCUCUCUCGAUCCUGAUAUUAAGCUCAAGGCACUCAGAGAAGUCAAGAACCAGAUCAUCGGUAAUCGCACCAAGAAGCUAGCCUUCCUCAAGCUAGGCGCUAUUCCCGCCGUCGCUUCCCUCCUCGCCGCUGCCAUUGCCGAAGCCGACUCUCAAUUGAAGAACGGUGAGGUCACCAUCGCCGAUAAAAAUAGUAACUAUUACAAUAAUAACACUUUUAUCCAGUCAGCGGCGGUUCUCGGGAGCUUUGCUUGCGGUUUUGAUGACGGUGUCCGAGCUGUUCUAGAUGCCGGUGCUCUCCCUUACCUUAUUCAACUCCUUUCCAAUCCCGAUGAGAAGGUGGUGGAUGCUGGUGCUCGUUCCCUUAGAAUGAUCUAUCAAUCGAAACUAACACCAAAAUAUGAAAUCCUUCAAGAUAAAAAGAUGGAAUUCCUUCUUUCAUUAUUGAAUAGUGAAAGUGAAAAUGUAACUGGUCUUGGUGCAAGUAUCAUCACACAUUCUUGUGAGACAAGUCUGGAGCAAAAAUCAUUAAGUGAUGCUGGGGUUCUAAAGAAGCUUCUUGGCCUCCUUGAAGGUUCUUUUAGUCAGAGAGAUGCUAGCUUGGAGUCUCUGGCUGCAUUGUUCAGGAACAAUCCAGAAGUCGUCUCAAAGUUUGUGGGACAGGAAAGUGGUAGCGCUUUGAGUUCGAUAAUUGGAUUGACAAAGGAUAGGUAUCCCCGGACAAGAUUACUUGCCUGCAUGUGCCUGAUUGUCAUAAGGAAUUCUUCUCCUUUCUAUCUGCAAGAUGUAGGAAUCAAAACCAAAUUGUUAUAUCUCUCACUUGAGCUUCUUGAUGAUCCUGGUGAAGUUGGGGAUGAAGCUCCCUUUGUUUUUUCCAGUUUGAUUAUGGAAAAGGAGGAUCUACAGAAAUUAGCUUUUGAGGCAAAUGCCCUUGAGAAAUUUUCAAAUCACUUACAAAACAGUCGAUUACAUCCUAAGCGGCUCCAAGGUAUAUUGCUGGCAUUGGCUGAUAUAUGCUCAAAGUUGGAGAGCUGCAGAUAUAGAUUCCUGUCACUGGAGGUUUGGAACAUGGUGACCAAUGCCCUAACUCAUGAUAGUGCUGGUGUACGCACUGCAGCUUGUAUUUGCAUAAGAAGUGUCACACGGUCAAUCAAGAACUUAUGUGCAGGAUAUUUUAUGAAUGAAGUGCUUGUUAUUCCUUUGGUCCAGCUUCUAAAUGACUCUUUGGUGUCUGUACAGGUUGCAGCUCUUGGUGCUAUUAGCAACAUACUAGUUGAUUUUACGACAGGAAAAUCCACUUUUGUGCAAUGUGGAGCUUUAAAACAGCUCAUUCAGUUAUCAAAAUCAAUGGAGUCAACUGUCAGGUUAAAUGCAUUAUGGGCUUUGAAAAACAUGGUGUUUCUGGCGGAUGAUAGAUGUAAAGAAGGAAUUUUUAUGGAGCUUACUGCUUCUUUGUUAGCAAGCCUUAUCUGUGACCACAAUCCUUUUGUUCAAGAGCAAGCUCUGGCCCUUGUUCGGAAUCUUAUUGAUGGGUGUAUAAGCUCGGUUGAGUAUGUCUUCACUGAGAAUGGUAUUAUAUUAGAUGCUGUUAGAAAGCAAUUAGAGAGCACUUCAAAAGCUGAAAUUGGCAUACAGGGAAUGUAUGUGCUUGGCAAUGUGGCCAGUGGAAAUGAGUUUCAUAAGGAAGCAGUUAUGCAACAACUUCUUCCACAAGUGGACAAUGAAAAUCAAUCUUUUAUAAUCAAGUUCCUACAGAGUAAUGACAGCCGACUGCGUACAGCUGCUGUCUGGGCCAUUGUAAACCUCACAUUUCCAUCAAGUCCUGGUGCAUUUCGUCGGCUUAUUAAACUACGGAGUCUGGGCAUAGUACCUGAAAUAAGGAAUAUGGUCAAUGAUCCCUGCUUGGAUGUGAAGCUUCGUGUUAGAACAGUGCUUGGUCAGGCUGUGAUUUUUGGUGAUGGCCUUACAUGAUCAUUUUGAUUCAUUUGUUGAGUCUAGCUCUAAGAUGUGAGAUAAUGCAGUGUAGUUUUUGGUCUUGAGCAUUUUGUAAGAUGUGUUCAGGUUUUCUCCAGAAGCUUGAAGCAUUUGAAACUUUAACCAAGGUACAACGCGUUGCUUCAGUUUUUCCUGUUAGGGCAGUUUGGAAAGGUUACCCUCAAAAUCUCAUUGCAUGAUACAUACAUUAUAGGUGUUGAUUUUUGUAUGUACCCAGUGAAUCCUUGUUGUAAUACACAAUACAUGCAUAUAUAUUCAACCACGUGACUUGCACAGUGCCUGUGUAAAAUUGUACAAUCUAUCUAAA